AUGGCUACAGGCGUAAACGUUGUUAAACUCGCUGGUAAUUUAUUUCGCAGCAAAAUAUCGUUGUUCCAACAAUGGGCAGAAGUAAAUAUGCCACUCAAAAGCAAAGAAAAAAUAAAGGAUUUGUUGCAAGAGCAAAUCGAAAACGCAAAAAGAUCUAAACUUGCUGAGAAAAUGAAGACCGCGAAAGGUUUUUACACCCUGGAAAUGGCACCACCAUCGAGCUCAGAGGAAAUGGCCAAACUUAAAGAAGAUUUGAAAUUAUUUCAAGAAUUCAUGAAAUCUGGCUGCUACAAACACCUGACAGUCAAACAAGCGUGGCUUCUCUUCUUGAUUAGUACGGAAAUCGGCCUAUGGUUCUUCUUGGGCGAAACUAUUGGGAAAUUUCACAUCGUUGGCUAUCAAGUUUGA